AUGCCUAGUAGUGGUUGUGUCAAUCAUGGGUGUGAUAGGAAUGUCCAUCAGAGUCAUCAGAGUCAUGACAACAAUGUCUCUUGUGGGGAGGGCUUCAAUAAAUGUAUUCAACCACACUGUGCAUGCUACCCAGCAACAUACCCUUGUGCUUGUGUGACUCAUGCCAAGGGUGGUGGCAAGGACAUGGGGUCAGAAAGUAGUUAUCAGAAGGGGGGUGAUGAUGAUAUGCAGCUGCUGGAGCAAGAUAUGUGUGAUGAUCACCAUGCAAUGGUGGACCUUGUGGAGAUGACUGUGGAGGGAGAGGGGAGUGGUGGGAUGCUGGCUGAGUGGAAUGAGGUCCAUAGGAUGGCAAUUGCCCUCACCUCAGGUGGUGUGAUCCUGCAGGAGAGGGGUGAUGUGUGCAGGAUGGUGAUUGCUGUCAUUGGGUGUGGUGGGAUGUUGAGGGAGACACAUGGCACUGCACAGGUGGCUGGGGUAAUCUAUAAGCUGGGGAUAAAGAAGGCACAGUCAUAUGGUGGGUGUUGGAUGCUGCUGGCAAGGGGUGACAUCUGUUGGAUGGCACUUGUCCUUGCACAGGAAAGGAACAGUCAGAGCGUGAAGUUCAUCAGCAUUGAGGCAUUUGACAUUGAAAUCCAGACCAACAGCAGGGACUCCAGCAGGCCAAUCAGUGAUGGUAUACUAGUGAACAUACAGCAGAUCAAGCAAUGA